UUGUGCAAUGACUCAUAUGAUAUGAAACAGUAAACAUACACUACUAGGGUAAGAACUUUUGAGGUUAGGUUAUAGUGAGUUAACCAAAGAGAAGAAUUACUGACAUCUGACUUGUAAAAUUGAGAAAGAAGACAAGAUGAGUGAUGAAUGGCUGUAUGAGCAGUUAUCAGAUCUUCUUCAAUUUCCAGUGCCUCAAGAAAUGAUUGAUUACAUUAAGUCCAUUGUCAACAUGCGAGACUUGGAGGAUUACAUUAGAACCCUCCUAGACUUUGAUAAUCCCCAACAUAAACGUUUCCUCCAAGAACUUAUACAGAGACGAAAAGGCAGUGGUGUUGGUUAUAAGAAAAAUGAAAUUGAGGAGGAUUUCUUUGCACCUAAAGUUGAGAAAAAGAAAAAGGACAAAGGAAACAAAUCACAACCUGCAAGUGCUACAUCAAAAAAGGGAGUUGCAGACCAACCUGCUCAAGCAAAGAAGAAAAAGUUUGUCAACCUUUAUUCACAAGAGGGACAAAACCGAGAUGUUGUUCUUCUUAAAGGUCGACACAAGUGUGAUUGCCAAGCGUCUAAACACAAGCUGAUCAACAACUGCCUCAAGUGUGGCCGUAUUGUCUGCGAACAGGAAGGUUCAGGACCUUGUCUCUUCUGUGGCAAUCUUGUUUGUUCACGAGAAGAACAGGAAUACUUGAGCUCUGGUAGCAAACAAUCAGCUCAUUUUCUGCAAAAGCUGAUGGACCAAAAGCCUGCAGGACAUGAUGCUGCUAUUGAACAACGCAAUCGCCUACUGGAAUAUGACCGUAACAGUGAGAAGCGGACCCGGGUGAUAGAUGACGAAAGUGACUACUUCUGUGUCAAUUCUGUCUGGCUCUCUACUGCCGAGCGAGAACGGCUCAAGAAAAAAGAGGAAGAGUACCACGCUAGGAAACACCAGUCACGAAGGGACCAAAAAAUGACUCUCGAUAUUGGACGUUCAUCAAGUGCCAGAAAUAUUGUUCAACAAAUUGAAAUAGCUUGUUUGGGAGAAACUGCAGCAGAUGAGCUAAGUCCAUUGAGGCGGAUGAUUGAGUCCAAACCUGAUGAAAUGGACUUGGCCGAGAUGGAUGAAGUGCUGCGAGAUAUCAGCAAUAGCAUCAACACUGCUGAUCAAGGGUUUUACGACAGUGAAAACUAUGAUCCUUCCAUUCCUAUGCAGCCAAGAUAUGACGAAGACGUAAUUUAUGAGCUGGAGAGGGGAAAGAGAGGAAUGCAUCACGAGACAGAUACUAUUACUAAGAUACAAGACAAGGAGUACUUGGAGAUGGUUGAUGAUGGACUGUGUAUGAGUCUCCACCAGCCAUGGGCAUCCCUGUUGGUUUGUGGCAUCAAAGAACAUGAAGGGCGAAACUGGUACACAUCUCACAGAGGACGGUUGUGGAUCGCUUCUGCUGCAAAACCUCCCACCGACCAGGAGAUUCAGGACACUGAGUCUCUGUACAGAUCAGUGAAAGGAGUCCAAGCAUUUCCUCUGACGUACCCGACUGGCUGCUUACUGGGAAGUGUGAAUGUUGUGGACUGCCUGCCACAAGAGGAGUACCAGCGCAAAUUCCCGCUUGGGGAAAGUCAGAGUCCCUUCGUCUUCAUCUGCAACAGCCCUCAGGAGCUGCCCAUCCGCUUCCCUAUUUCUGGCAAGCAUAAGAUUUACAAACUGGACCCAGGAAUCCAUCAGGCAGCACAAAAGGCAAUGAAACGAUUAGCUAUGAUAAAGUCUGAAAAGAACAGUCAGUCAUUCCUAAGAAACAGUUAAAGUCCUUUAUGGAAAUUGUAUCUUGUUUUGUGAUCAAUAAAGUUUAUAUUUGUUUUCAUGACA